AUGGCAGCGCCUUUUUCGGUGGUGCGUGCCGGGGCCCAUGCGGGCGCCGCCGGUGCGUACGUGCACUGCUCGGGCGAUGGCCCAGCGCAUGCGUCGGAUGCGGGUGAGCGUGUGCCGGACGAUGCGCUGUACGAGGAGCAGGACAGCGGAUCGCUGGUUGCGAUGCCCGGCCAGGCCGUGGCGUCGAGCACGCUGUACAUGCGCGGCCACGGCUGCUACAUUGACCCUACGUACAGCGAGAUUGUGUCGCUGCUGAGCGGUUCGGUGGACCGUGUGAACAAGCUGAUUAGCGUGCGCCCGGUGCGCACGCGCUACCGCCCCGAGGUCGGCGACCUGGUCGUGGGCCGCAUCACCGAGGUGCAGGCGCGGCGGUGGAAGGUGGAUAUCGGGAGCAAGACGGAUGCGUCGCUGCUCCUCUCGUCGAUCAACCUGCCGGGUGGUGUGCAGCGCAAAAAGCUCGAGUCGGACGAGCUGCAGAUGCGCGCCUUUUUCCAGGAAGGCGAUCUGCUCGUUGCCGAGGUCCAGUCCCUCUUUCAGGACGGGAGUGUAGGCCUGCAUACGCGCUCGCUGCGGUACGGCAAGCUGCGCAACGGUGCGCUGGUCUCGGUGCCGCCGGUGCUCGUGCGGCGGCACAAGAGCCACUUUUUGACCCUGGCGCAGCUCCACGACGGCGCCGUGGACCUGGUGCUGGGCUUGAAUGGCCUGAUCUGGGUCGCAAAGCACAUCCCCUUUGACGUGACCAAGGCGGAAGGCGAGGGCGAGGUCACCGAGAUCGUCGGCCCCAAUGGCCGCGGGGUUGCGAUGGACGUCGACGGCGUCUACAGCGAUGUGAACGAGACGAUUCCCCCCAGCACCCGAAGUGCCAUCUCGCUCGUAUGCUUUGUCCUGACCAUCCUCGCGCACUACUCGCUGCCGGUCACCGAGGCGGCGAUCGAGCAGGGCUGCGCGCUCGUCGAGGCGAGCGAUACACCGUGCGACGCGACGUCGGCAGCGGGCCGGCGCCUCGCGGAGCAAAUCGCUCUUGGCCUGCAGUAG